AUGGAAUAUGUAAGCUUAAUUGCUCAGAUGGCUAAACUUAUGAUCCAAAUAGUGACCUUUGCUGUAGUCUAAAUUGUACUAAGUGUACUUCUACAAUAUGCACAUAAUGCUAAAAUCCUAAUAUGUUUUUAAACCCAAUAAAUUAAAACUAAUGAAGCUGUAUUUAAUGCACAAUGCAGUAUUUAUGAUUAAAAUGACUAAACUAAGUGUAUUUAGUGCCAGUCAGAAUAUUACUUAACAGAUUAAAAUGUCUGCUGUGGAGUUUAAAACUGUUCAACUUGUAAUAGUAAUGAUAUAUCAAAAUGUAAUGCUUGCAAGCAAAUGUAUGCUUUUGAUUAAAAUAAUAAUUGUAUUUUUGACUGUCAAGUACCAAGUUGCUAAACUUGUGUUCAAAAUAAUUAGAAGUAAUGCGCUUAGUGCAUAUAAGCAUAUAAAGUUGACCCUAACUCUCAACAAUGUGUCUUUGAUUGCUAAGUUUAAAACUGUUAAAUAUGUGUUAAAAAUGAUUAAUAAAAAUGUAGUACUUGCAUUAGUACAUAUAAACUUGAUUCUUCAUCUUAAUGUAUCUUUGACUGUUUAGUUUCUAACUGUCAGAUUUGCUAAACAGGUAAUUAGUAAUAAUGCUAAACUUGUGCCCCAAUGUACAAAGUGGAUUAAAACUUAAAGUGUGUAUUUGACUGUUAAGUUGAUAAUUGCUAAACUUGCGUUACAAAUAACUAAAAGCAAUGUAGUACAUGUAUAAGCACUUAUAAAGUGGAUCCAAGUAAUUUAUAAUGCAUAUUUGAUUGCCAAGUUGCUAAUUGCUAAACAUGUUAACCAGGUAAUCAAUUAAAAUGUUAAAUGUGUGCCCCAAUCAAUGUAGUACUUGUAUAAGCACUUAUAAAGUGGAUCCAAGUAAUUCAUAAUGCCUUUUUGAUUGCCAAGUUGCUAAUUGCUAAACCUGUUAAACAGGUAAUCAACAGUAAUGCUAAUUAUGUGCCCCAAUGUAUAAAACCGACUAAAAUUAUAAGUGUGUAUUUGAUUGCUAAGUUGAUAAUUGCUAAACUUGUGUUACAAAAAAUUAAAAGCAAUGUAGUACAUGUAUAAGCACUUAUAAAGUAGAUCCAAGUAAUUCACAAUGCAUUUUUGAUUGUUAAGUUUCUAAUUGUUAAACAUGUUAACAAGAUCCUAAUAGCCAACAGUGCAUUCUUGAUUGCCAAGUUUCUAACUGCAAAACAUGCUAAGCUGAUAAUCAGUUAUAAUGCUAAAAUUGUGAUCCAAUGUACAAACUUGAUUAAAAUAAUAACUGCAUUUUUGACUGUAAAGUAAAUAAUUGCUAAACUUGUGUUACAAAUAAUUAGUUAUAAUGUAGUACUUGUAUGA